CUGCUCUUCUUCCAAAAUACUUUGACAAACAAACAAAAAUUGGAAACUGUCCUACCCUUUCUAGUCUGUAACCGUAUCUUUACCCGACCAAGUCAUCAUACAAUCUCCUCUCUCCUUAACCUUUACCUUAAAUUUGAUUGGCGCCGACUUUAACUUCUCAACCCCGCUCUCUCCAUUGCUCGUCUCUUUUUCAGCUUUGGACAGCACAAAAAAGAAAAAAAAAAAAAAGGCAAAAGACCAUAAGCAGAACAAGAUGAUGAUGAGCUGAGAGGUCUGCUUUGGAAGUCAGGGUUUUGACUGUAAAGCCUUAAACCGCACGAAAACCAACUCCAAAAUUAAGAUUAGCCAUAUAGCCAAAGACAAAAGACCCUUCCCUUCUUCCAUUUUGAUUUCUCAAUUCUCAAAACUUCAACCAAAGACCUCAACCUUUUGCCCACGUCAAUCGAAUUCUCUCUGUUAUUUUCUUCCAAGUUUCGUUAAUAAUAGGCUUCAAACACUUUUUCCUUCUUUCUUCCUUUCUCUUUUAUUUUGUUAUAAAAAUAAUCAAACAUCAUCAUUACUUUCAUAAUCUCCUUAUUUUCUUUCAUAAAAUUCUGCGGAUUAUUUGCUUCACAUUUUGGCUGACGUUUUGAUCUAAGGCAUAAAAUCCUUUGAGAAUUGCUACGAACAUGCCUCGUCUAAUACGGUCAAAGCCUGUGCUGUAUCUGUUCUUGAUAGAUCAUAGAUAGAAUGCAAUUUGACAGUGAGAGAUUUUUGUUUUACUGCAAGCACAGUACCUGUGAUUGAAGCCAGGAUCAAUGGUAGACAUCUGAUCACAGGUUGACUACAUGUACAUAUCUGGAGCAACAUGGCCAGUGGGAUAACCCCUAAAGUUCGAUUAGUUAGAUGUCCUAAAUGUCGAUUGGUUCUUCCAGAAGUGGCAGAUUUUCUUGUAUACAAGUGUGGAGGGUGUGAAACAAUUCUUGUAGCUAAAAAUCGAAAAGCGCUUGUCAAAAGCACGUCCGACAUGCAAGAAACAGAAGCUGCUCACGCAGAUAAAUUGGUUCAUGUGUCUGAACAUGGAGAAUCUAGCAGCUCAAGACUGCAGGAAGUUCUUCCUUCCCUUCCAGAGUUUUGUCAAGAAAGCGGAGGGAAUCAGAACAUAUCUACUGACUCUCAUAGUGAGAAGCUUGGUGAGAACUUAUCAAUUGAAGGUCAACAUAAUGAUCACUACGAGAAGGAUCAAAACACAUCCAGUGAUAAUGAUUGUGAUAAGCUUGAAGAAAAUAUAUCAAAUGAAGGGCAGGAAAAUGGAAGUGGACAGUUACAGUUGGAAUCUUUAGAAUAUUGCAAUAUUCAACAGCCAGGAGUUUCCAUUGAAGUUUCUUUAUCCACUGAGCUUCAUCAUGAGAAUGAAGAGUUAAUGUUUGUAGCUGAAGCUAAUUUAGAAACAGAGGCAAAUGACAAGACCUCGCAGUUAGGAGCUGCAAAUUCAGAAUUAGAAACUAAUAGCAAGAUUGAUUCCAACAAAGGAGGCUCGAGCAUUGACAACACACCAGCUACAAGAGAAAUUAAUUUAACUGCUACGGCUUGUGCAGUAUCACAGGAAGUCAUCCCAUCAGGUGAUCUUUUCUCUUCCCCUAAUGAGUCUCCGGAGCAACCUCAAAAAAGUGAACAUCAUGGGUUUGAUCGUGUAAGGUCUACAGAUACUUUUGAAUCUGCAGAUUUUGUCAGCCUCAGUUCUGAGCUCAGUGGUCCUUUUGAAUAUUUGUCUAAAUCCACUACCACCAGAAGCUCUCAUGCUUAUUAUGGCAGUAUCUCUUCUUAUGAUGGAAUGGAUGAUCACUUCCCUGGCCAGCAAAUACAUUCAUUUAAAAAUACUUCUAGGGCAGGUAACUAUCUGGUUCCUGAAGAAAGGCACAGAAUGGGCAAGUUGCCAGCCAAAGGCAUGAUGAAUGGUAAUUCUGGAAUGCGAGAUCAUGCAAGAAAUUUCUCAUCAGAUUCGUCCAACAAGAAGCAUUAUGCCACGGAAAAAUACAGCAAGUGGCAUCAAGAUGAAAUGCUAGAAUCUGUAACUCACCGUCCACUUAGAAACUGGCCAAGACUAGAGAGAGAUGAAUAUCCAUCUCAAAUUCCUUUCUCUCAAAGGGCUUCCUUGCAUGGGUAUGAAAGCGCUGGCCCUUCGCUUGAAUUGCAUGAUGAGUUCCCUGUUGAUUCAGUCUUCCAUCGACUUGAUAAGGCUGAGUACACUGAACAGGAAAAUAUGAAACUGUUAAGAAUGGUGUAUGAACUGCAGGAUCAAAUUAGCAAAGCAUGCCAUCUGAAUCGAAAGCCCAAUGGAAGGACUUCCACUGAUGUACCUUGGAGGCAAAAGCAUUUUCCUACAUAUGACUAUCCGGAGCCACAUGAGGAAGAAUUUUAUCCUACGUAUCAUGGAAGACGUGGACAGAGGAGCAGCUGGAGUCAGCAAAGUAGAUUCUCCCAUAUACCUCUCUCCGGAGGUGCAAUGAACACUGGACAUAUCAUUGACAACUCCUGUUCAUGCAGCCAUCCUCAAGACUGGAAGCGUUCAGAACAGUUACCUCCACCUAUCUUUCGACACAACCGAGGAUUUUGUAGAGCCCACCCUGAUUAUAAUUGUUACAAUUCCUACAGCUCUUGCCUCUCUAGUCCCCAAAGAUGUUUGGAGUCUGAUUUUUCUAUUUGGAGCCAUGAAACAAAAUCUGAUGAUCGGAGGUAUAAAGAUCAUGAGCUGAAGAGGUAUUUGGGGGAGAAACAUAAUUCAGUUAGGCGACAUCUCCGGCCCACGGCUGGUGGAGCACCUUUUGUAACUUGUUAUAGUUGCUUCAGACCAUUGCAGUUACCUGCAGAUUUUCUACUUUUCAAAAGGAGGUUCCAUCAACUAAGAUGCGGUGCUUGUUCUAAGGUACUUAAGUUUUCGCUUCAAAAAAGAAUUCACUUAGUUCCUUAUGAACCGGUUGCUGCAGAACCUCCACCAAGUGAGGUUGAGGACUGCAGUGAUGCGAUUAAUAUAAGUAUUUGGACAUCAGAAUCUUGUAGCCAUGGCUGUUUGCAAGCAGAUCCUAUGUCUUACUCUGAUGAUAAUGAACACUCUUUUUGUAAAAGCUGUUCCACUGAUGGCGCUCCUGUUUCUCAUGCACAAUUUCACGACCUUCAGGGCAAUGCUGAUGUCAAACAUGUGUCUUGUAGUUCUUCCAAACCUAUGGAACCGAGAAAGGACUUUGUUUUGAAGCAGUCUCAAAACAAACAUAAGAAUUCAAUGGAAACUUUUGAUUCAGCUGGGCCUUCCUCGAAUAUGUCCAGGUGGGAGAAAGUGUCCUCAGAAAUUGAGCAGUUGCCACCGAGAACUGGAAGUUCACCGCUUCAUAAACUCAUGGGCUAUUCUUCACCAAGCCAAUUGAUAAAUGGAUCUGAAUCUCCGGCACAAUCUCAUUCCACUCUGCCAAACACUCAGGAUUAAACAGCUGAGUAAUGUUUCUCAAGGUACGUAAUUGCAUCUGGUAAAACUUAACUUUUCCUGGCAAGUUGCUGUAGCUUAAAAGGCUCAGUGAUCUAUUUACCUGAUUGAAGGUUUUGAAGUGUUUGAAAGUGAGCAUGAUGUGUCACCAAAAGUGAGAUUCCAAAAUGAAAAAGGAAAUUUUCCAUGUAUUGUUCCCUAUUUAGCAGCAUGGGUGGAAUAGCAUUGAUCUGAUUGUUUUGUUUUAUUAUAGAACAGAGUUGUAAAACUAAGGUUUUUGUUUUAUGAAUGUAGAGGCGUUUAUAGAGUAGACCCUUAGUUGAUUGGUUUAUUCAUGUAUAGUUGAUCUUGGAUCAUGUAUAAAAAUGGUUGGAAAGAUAGAUCAUCUUUCUAUAUUUACAAAAUGAGAUUAGAUGUGUUACACUGUUAUGACAACUAUCCUUAUCUUUAUUGGUUCUGCAAUGUUUUUGUUUCACGUGGACGUCUAUAAGUUGUAUGUUAUGCAACUUGUUAUAACCAGACAAUAAGACUAAGAAUUUGGAACCCGCUAACCAACAAGGAACAAAUAGUUGCUUGAGGUAAUUGUUCUCAAACCAUUGCCAAUGUAUUGAAGACCAAUCAUACGAGCUUCGGGAGGUUAGAAUAAAAUCAUUAAGUUUUUAAGAUGAUCAUCAUGUGCUAAAAUUCAUAUAUGGUGCGGAAGGACGAAGAGUUGUAUUUACUUUGGAGGCGAGAAGAGAGACGAUCUCGUAGCUGUGUUCGAGGUUGAGAGUGGCAGCUAAUUUCGAUGCAUUUUUACUUUUUUUUUUUACAGCAAAAGAAUAUGAUUAAAAGAAAAAUGUAAAUAUUCAGAUGCUUCUUUAGAAUAAUUCUUUGGUGUGUGAUGCAUUC